GUAAUGGUCCACAAUCUCAAUGGCGACCGACUCAUCCUUAUGCAAAUAAUUUCAACAACACACCAUAUUCUCCUGAUACGUCACGACAAUGGUAUCCAUAUGGAAAUGGUAACGCGAUCAUGGGAAAUCCAAAUGUACCGCAAGGCCAAGAUCAUGGUUCAUCUCCGUAUCCACCAGCCGCUGGAUAUGCUGAACGUCCUCAACAUGUUGCUAAUCCACCUGCU